GAGCAGUUGGACAACAUGAUGAUCGAGAUGGACGGCACAGAAAACAAGUCCCAGUUCGGAGCCAACGCCAUCCUGGGAGUGUCUCUGGCCAUCUGUAAGGCCGGCGCGUCAGAGAAAGACGUCCCCCUGUACCGCCAUAUAGCCGACCUGGCUGGAAACACAGAGCUCGUGCUGCCAGUUCCUGCCUUCAACGUGAUCAACGGAGGCUCGCACGCCGGCAACAAGCUGGCCAUGCAGGAGUUCAUGGUUCUUCCUGUGGGGGCAGAGUCUUUCAAAGAGGCGUUGAGGAUAGGAGCGGAGCUGUACCACACGCUGAAGGGGGUGAUCCAGGAGAAGUACGGCCGGGACGCCAUCAACGUAGGGGACGAGGGGGGCUUCGCUCCCAACAUCCUGGAGAACAGCGAAGCCCUGGACCUGCUGCAGACCGCCAUAGAGAAGGCGGGCUUCACAGAUAAGGUGGUGGUGGGCAUGGACGUGGCUGCCUCAGAGUUCUACCGCGACGGAAAAUACGACCUGGACUUCAAGUCUCCACCGGAUCCGGAGCGACACAUCACCGGCGAAGAGCUGGCUGACAUCUACCAGGGCUUCGUCAACAACUACCCAGUGGUGUCCAUCGAGGACCCGUUCGACCAGGACGACUGGGAGGCAUGGUCCCGCCUGACGGCCCAGGUGGGGAUCCAGGUUGUGGGAGACGACCUGACGGUGACCAACCCCAAGAGAAUAGAGAAGGCCGCAGAGGAGCGCGCCUGCAACUGCCUGCUGCUCAAAGUCAACCAGAUAGGAUCCGUGACCGAAGCCAUCCAGGCGUGUAAGCUGGCCCAGGCUAACGGCUGGGGUGUGAUGGUCAGCCAUCGCUCAGGCGAGACAGAGGACACCUUUAUCGCUGACCUGGUGGUGGGACUCUGCACUGGACAGAUUAAGACCGGUGCUCCCUGCAGAUCUGAGAGGCUGGCCAAGUACAACCAUCUCAUGAGGAUCGAGGAGGAGUUGGGUGACCAAGCUCGUUUUGCAGGCCAUAACUUCAGGAACCCCAGUGCUCUGUGAGACGGACAUCCCACCGGACGGACGGACGGACAAAGCCACCGACUUUACUGACAGGCUGACUGACCACAACAGACCACCUGACAGACCACCGGUGGUGAAGACACCGACUCAGACACGAUGUUGCAUAGAGACAAACUGGCACACACAGAUCGAUGAAAGACACGAAUACAAAAAGUAUACAAAAGAACACAAACAAGCAGCAAACAAAAACAAUAUGCACUGGACUCUUAGGUAGGGUGAUGAUGCUUUACACAGACACACACACACACGCACACGCAGACCCACAAGGGAAGAAACCACUGAACUACUACUACACAAACCUAAAGUGGACGUGCACUGUCAAUGUAG